AUGGCCAACCCUCUGAACAGUUUCGACCUCGACUAUGGCGCCGCCCGCGAUGACGCCCAGGAUCCACGGGAUGAGGUGGCGACCCACCUUCAGUCGUCCCUUUCCUCGAACGAGCCGUCCUUGAUGGGCUUCGCCAACAGUGUCGGGAACUACCCUUUCGGUGCUACGCUCCACCAGGACAGUGAUCUGGCCCUUCAGAGCUUCGACCAGACCCCAAGAGCCCAGGGAGAGCUGGAAGGCCGCCUCUCAAAUGUCAUGUUGGCCUAUGAUGUGCCCACGACGGGCGUGUCCAUGUCCAUGCCCGUCGACGCCGGGGGCGCGUUCGCCUAUGAUAUCCCGACCACCUAUCCCGCAAACUCGAUGGGACUCGUCCCGCCGACGGACCAUGGACAGCUUUAUCCGACCUACUCUCCCUUCCACCAGUCCAUUCCACAAGGCGGCCAAUAUCUACAACAACAACACCAACAACAACAACCGCCAUCAUCCCUUGGAGGGCCACCACCUCGGCCCCAGCCACAGGGAGGCCCUUACGACGGCAGCAACAACAGCAGCAAUACCGCCGCAAAUUCCACGGGGAGCUUCGAGGACUCCGACUUCUCACGGGCCAGCGACCGGUCGCAGCAGGUGCCUAUACAGCAACCGCCCCACGAGCGCCAGCAGUUCCCUCGGUACGGACCAGCGCAGUCUGCGGCCCCGUAUCGUCCAUCGCAGCCGGUGGCCAUCCAGCCUAAGAAGCCCGUUGCCGCUGCCAGAGAGCAUCCCUCGCCGGGACUGUCGACACCGGAUGCGUCUAGCUCGCAGCAUACCGGCAUCUACUCAAGUAGUGGAUUUGACAUUCUAGGUGUUCUCAGCCGAGUGGCCCUGCGGCCCAAACCCAAGAUUAACAUUGGCGCUGUCGACUUGUCUUGUGCCUUUGUGCUGUGUGAUAUUACGCGGGAAGACCAUCCGAUUGUCUACGUCUCGGAGGCAUUCGAGCGUCUAACUGGCUAUACUAAAGCCGAGAUUGUCGGCCGCAAUUGUCGAUUUCUUCAAGGUCCGGAUGGCCAGGUUGAUGCCGGCGCAAAGCGCUCCUUUGUCGACGGGCAGACUGUGUACCGUCUGCGGUCGACCAUUCAUGAUCGCACUGAGAUCCAGGCCAGUAUCAUCAACUACCGCAAGGGUGGGCAGCCGUUCAUGAACCUCAUUACGAUGAUCCCCAUCCGGUGGGAUUCGGAGGAUUAUCGAUUUUAUGUCGGCUUCCAGGUUGAUCUGGUUGAGAAGCCCGAUGCCGUCCAGGCGAGGAACCCUGAUGGUACAUAUACCAUCAACUAUCAACGCGACCAACUACCUCAGUAUGUGGUGCCGCCCGCCGAGGCGUACAGGCUCCGACCCGAUCUUGCCACACAGUUCGGUCACGACGAAGUUACGGCUAUUCUCAACGCUGUGGGUGUUCCGGGGCCUAGUGUGUCACAGCACUACCUAGAUCGCAUCUUAGUUGAAAAUACCGACGACGUGAUCCAUGUGCUCUCAUUCAAUGGUGAAUUCCUCUACUUAUCACCGUCUUGUAAACGGAUCUUGGAGUAUGAUCCAGUUGAACUGGUGAACAAGACGCUAUCGACGAUCUGCCAUCCCAGCGACAUCGGUCCUGUGAUUCGUGAUCUGCGAGCCAGCACGACCCCAGCCCCGGUCAGUGUUGUUUACCGGAUUCGUCAAAAGUACAAGGGGUAUAUGUGGUUUGAAAGCCAUGGUGCAUGGCACAUUGACCCGAACCAGGGCCGGAAGUAUCUUGUGAUGACUGGCCGUCCACGACCCGUGUACGCCCUAGACCAGAUCGCCCAGCUCGGGUCCAAGGCCGCACUGGCCGAGAACGACAUUUGGGCCAAGGUCUCCCUGUCCGGCGUCAUUCUGUUUGUUACUUCCAAGGUGAAGCCAGUCCUCGGACGCUCACCGGAUGACCUGAUCGGCAAGGGCAUGCACGAGCUGAUGGAGCCCGAGUCCGAUCCCAGCGCCAUAUUCGACGCCCUCGACGCAGCAGCCAACGGCCGGGGCCAUAACGACGGCGAACCACCUUCAUUCCACCACCAGAUGCGCCACAAAAAGGGCCACUCGCUCUCCGCCCACACAACCCUCUACUGCGGCGACACGCAAAACUCCCGACCCUCCUUUCUCGUCGCCCAGAUCCGCUUCGCGCGCGCAUUCCCGCCCUCCACCUCCGCCACUGCCGCCGCCGAAGACGAAGAGCUCGCCAACGUCCCCAGCACCUCCAAAUCCAUCACUCUAACAACCGCCGACCCCAACCCAUCCCGUCAAUACGGUGCCCUCGGCCAGCACAUGCCCGACUUCUCCACUCUCAUCGGCCUCAACGGCCUGCCCACUGGCAACCGCAGCAUCUCGCCCUCCAACGCCCCGGCCACCUUCUUCACCGAGCUGAACCCCACCCGCGGCUCCAGCUGGCAGAUCGAGCUGCGCGAGCUAGAAAAGCAGAAUCGCACGCUGGCGGAUGAGUUGCAGCGUCUGCUGGCGCGCCGGAAGAAACGUAAGCGCAAGCAGAGCGCCAUCUCAGUUGAGAAGGCGUGUGCCAUGUGCGGCACGAAAAAUACGCCUGAGUGGCGCCGCGGUCCGAGCGGGAACCGCGAUCUAUGUAACAGUUGUGGACUCCGCUGGGCGAAGCAGGUGCGCAGCCAAGCGCAGGCUGCCGCGUCAGGAAGUGGUGCUGUGCCUGCUGGGGGUGGAGAUGGAACUGCGGUACAGGAUUGA